GACGAUCCCUCAAUCUGCUCUCCAUCCUCCCAUGGAAGUGAGCGUCCCAUCUCCAUGACACACCACGUGUUCUUUUUGCUCUUCUGCAUCCUGAGAGCGGCUCUCGCUAACUCCUUCGAUUCGCUGGAAUUCAAAGAGCGACAGAAUGCGGGAGGACCCUGGUUCUCAGAGGGAGCUGUGAAUCUGACAGUUGCCGAAGGAAGGACGGCUACACUUCCAUGCGUGGUAGAAAAUAUUGGUAACUACAAACUUGUGUGGAUCCACAAAGACAGGCACAUCUUACUGACUCUGCAUGAUCAGGUGAUCACGCGGAAUCCCCGCAUCUCCAUUAAUCACAACAAUUUCAGAACCUGGUGGUUGGAGAUCAGGGACGUCAAGCUGGAGGACAGUGGGCAGUACAUGUGCCAGAUCAACACUGCCCCCAUGAUAAGUCAGACUCGCUACUUAGAAGUGGUUGUGCCUCCAUCUAUUGUCGAACUUAACACGAGUUCAGAUCUGAAUGUGAGAGAGGGUGCCGAUGUCAAUCUUCAAUGUCAAGCAUCCGGAUCACCAAAACCAAUCAUCAAAUGGCGAAGAGAAGAGGAGAAAGACAUCAUACUGGGACCAAAACGAGUGAAGACUGUAGAAGGAGAGUACCUGAAGCUGAAGAGGACCAGCAGACUAAGCAUGGGAGCAUACCUGUGCAUUGCCACUAAUGGCGUACUGCCCUCCGUCAGCAAGAGGAUCAUGCUCAACGUCCUCUUUGCUCCAAUGAUACUGAUUCCCAGCCAGCUGAUUGGUGCAAAUAUAGGUGAGGACGUCACUCUGGUGUGCAACCUGGAAUCCCACCCGAGGUCUGUGACUUAUUGGGUGAUCAGUGGUGGAAUAGUCAUCAUCACCAAUAACAAAUACCGCGUGAUGACAGAACCAUCUGACUCACCUGCAUCCUACAAAGUGAAACUGAAGCUCCUCAUCAGGGAUCUUAGACCCCAAGAUUUUGGAUCCUACACCUGUGUGGCCAAGAACUCUCUGGGGGAAACAGAGGGUGCCAUUUCACUCUAUGCCAAACCAAGUGAGGGAACAACGAACUCAGAAGAAGAGUAUCAAGUGUAUGACAAAAGUGAAAUUUCAACUCCUAUUGAAACACUUAAAGAAGUUUCCAAACCAAUAGCUGACAACAUUAAGCUGGGAAUGCCCAGUGUACCAUUUAAACCCAUUUCAGAAAGAAAAGAAAGAAGAGACGAAAACGAACGGCAAAUGAUAGCAACGAAUACACUUCAAAAAGAUAUUCUUCAAAAAAUAGACGUGUCUGCUUCACACAUCGACAGUGUCCACUCCUCCCCGCUCUUUGUCCUCUUCCUCCUCUCCUCAUAUCUCCUCCUAAUGAUGUUCUCCGAAUGAAUUCCAAUCAGCAGCACUCUUCAUUACUUUUCAACGCCGCUUCACUACUUUUUUUCUUCCUGAUGUUGUUCUGCUCUAACAUUUGUGUGUUGGACAUCUGUGUAUAUAUGAUUAUCUGUCCAAUAAUGUGAAAUAUGAAGAACAAUAAAAGUGUUACAUU